AUGGCCGGUGCAUCUUCGGAAAAAACGAUAUACACCUACGACAAGAGAACCAAGAACAAGGUCCGAAAAUCCGGUGGCAGCGCCAAAAGGAAAGCUGUUCAGUUAGGCGAAGAGGCCCGUGUGUUUUCGACUGUUGUCUACUUCAACCCAACACAUGGAUGUCUAGACGGGGCCAUACACGUCCCCGAAGGCCAAAGCAUUCCGGACGUGAACGGAUUUUUGGCCGAACUUCUGAACGGCUUGCACAGCACGAGUCGAAGACGCGACCCACAGCGGGCCCGGAUGCGACAUCAGCCCGCACAGGCCACACAAGGAGGCGGCGGCGUCGAGAUCGAUGCCGCAGACGUCUCCCACUACAUCGCUGCCGACAGGAACAGCGCUGCUUCGGCCGGCUAUCCGAAAGCCGGUCAUGGCCGUACUAUCACAGCAACAAGAGACAGCGACAAUGAGACGCAGCGUAACAGGGGUAUGGGAAACGAUUGGGCCUUCCGGGGUGCGAGCCAGGCUAUUGAAAACCACGAACUGCCCGAUGGCACUGUCGCUGAUGGUGUGAAUGGACAUGAUACAUACGUCCAUUCGCAUGUUUGA